UAGUUUAACAUUAGAAAAACAAUGAUUCACAAUAUUUGUAUAAUCUACACGUAUUCGCUUUAAACUCAUAACAUUUAAAAAAGUUCUGUUGACUUCCAUUAAUUUGUUAAUCGUAGAGAAUUUAUUUUUGUGAUGUUGGUGUUGUUUCGGCUGUAUGUACGAUGUUCUAAUGUGAUGAUAGGGUGAUACACAAUAUGGCAGUCCCUGAGAGUGGGAGGUUUAUUUUCGGUAGUUUUGGAUUGUUUCUGUAGCGGUUAAACUGAAGUGUUAUAUUUCAAGGUACGUGCUUAAGAACUUGUGGACUUAAUGUGAGUGUAAUGGGUGCUAAAGCAAGUACGGCCAACAGUGAUGAUCCCAAUACGCGGGAUCGAACUUUUUCUACCAGCAGUGGAUCGGAUGUUGUAGCAGGAAGUACGGGAUUUAGCUUACUCAGAUCUAUUCCAAGUGUAGUGUCCAGUGACAGACAGAGAGCAAGGUCUCUUUCAAGUGUACCCGACGGGCAUGAUUCAAUUCAAAACUCCAGUGAUGGAGCUUUUGACAUUUCAGAAUCUCAAGAAACUGACAGUAGUUCCACUGAAGAUCAUGCAUUGGAUAGUCCCAUAGCAGCAAACAUAAGUCUUGGAAGAGUGUAUGCUGCUCAUUCUUUACCCUCUCAUAUUUGGUCAUGGAAUGGAAUCAAGUGCCCAGUUUGUUCCAAGUUUGUGUUGCCGGACGACAUCGAAUGUCACCUUGUUAUGUGCCUAACAAAGCCCAGACUGAUAUACAAUGAGGAUGUUUUAAGUGAUGACAAAGGGGAGUGUGUGAUAUGUCUGGAGGAGUUGACCCAAGGUGAUACCAUCGCCAGGCUACCCUGUCUCUGUAUCUACCACAAGGGAUGCAUCGACCGAUGGUUCGAGGUGAACCGAUCGUGUCCAGAGCACCCGGGGGAUUAACACCGCAACUGCGAUACACCUGUCCUUCACAUCAUAACACGCAAACUUUUAUACAGAUUUUAUGGUGUUUGUGGUUUAUGUUACGCUAUAGCCAAAGAAUAUUUUGCAAUAAUGUUUUCUAGGUUUUAGCUUAUGUUGGUUUCGUUUGAUAUCGGUUGAUGUUGUUCAACGAAAAUCUUGUUUAAAAAUAAAUCCUCGUUGUGUUUGCACAUUGUAAUGCUUUCGAUUGAGCUCAGAACUGUUAGGUUGACAUAAAAUAAAGUGACUUGGUUUUUCAUAUGUAGUUUUUGUUUAAUAAGCAAAUCAUUUAGUGCUAAUUGUGUAAAUACCUUCAGAUUUUAUAAAAAGUUAUGUUUUUACAGUUUUGUUUUAGGAGUGGUAGUAAAUGAAAGUCUGAAUUUUUUGUACUGUAAACCAUAAUUUUAUUUUACUUUGCUUAUGUAGUAUACACUAUUGACCUAUUUUAUUUCAUUAUUAACUUAAAUGUAAUACAGAAAUUAACUAUUUUCCAAUUUCCUUUAAUAAAACAUAACUAUGUGGCCUAUUUAAGACUUGCAUUAGAAGAAAAAGAUUUAUUUUCAACAAAUAUGUAAUUUAGUGGUAUAUUUUACAAAGGUGGCAAGGAGAUAGGUGCUUCAUUUUUGUAAAUGUAUACAUUUUGUUUUGUUUUCAUUAAUAUGAAUAGAAAAAUGUUUGAUGUUAUGUUGUUUCUUUAAAGUAGAGAUCUCUUGUUAGAGAGGCAGCUAAUAUUUAAUACUUUUGUUAUUUUUGGACAAAUUCUAUAAUUUGUCACAAAAUGUUGAUUUUUUAAUGUUUAAUGUCGGCAUUUUGGCAGGAGCGUUGUGGAGUCUCCUCCUGUCCAUCUGUCGUCUAUUAAACACUUGUUAAGUUUUUGAGCUGUUGUAACAUGGUGCAGCUAUCCAUGACUCUCUCAGAACGGGAUUUUCACUUUUCUAGGCCAUAACACUUCCUGCUGGCUGGGAAGUGAUUUAUAAAUUCUCUUGUACAUUAGUGAAAGUAGCCAACAGUUCUCAAAACCUUUUAUGGAGUCAUGUAUUAGAAAUGUGGAACUGCAAUGUACGAAGUUUAUGAUGACACUUCUGGUUGUUUAGCCUAUUGAGUUAGUAAUUAACUCAGGUUUGAUGUAAAAUUAAUUGCCUCGAUUCCCUCAUUUGAGAUAAACAUUUCAAUGAUAGUUUUAACAUACUAUAUUUCUGUAAUUAAUUAAUUAUAAUUAACAAGUGUUAAUCAUAUUUUCAAUUUUAUGACAAUGUGUGCAGUUGGAAAUAAAAAUCAAAAUGGUGUACAUAAUAAAAGUAAAAAAUGAACUGUUUACUUAAUAGUUUUAUUUUAAUUUGUGUUAUGUACUAUCAAUUAAUAGCAAAAAUAUAUUUUUAAUAAUCUCACUAUUUUUUUGUUUGUUUUUUUUUAUAUUGCCUUUGUUAUGAAAUAAUGAGGGCAACAAAUUUAUCCGGAGCUAUUCUGAGUUCAGUAGAAGUAUUUAUUAGAUUAUGCAAUUUAAAUUACCAAUUGAUCUCUGUUGGUUGUUAAGUCUAUGUUUCAUUGAGAUAUUUUGAAUGCUGAGGCAGUUGUUACCUUUAUGAACAUCAUGUGUCAAAUUUAAAUCCAAAGUGCCAUUGCUACUUAUCCUGCUUAAUUUUCUCUCUUUUAAAUUAAAUACUAUAAACCAUUUUUUUGUAUUCACUUGUUUCAUCACAUGUAUUGUUAUGUGGGCAGAACAUAUUUUAGAUUUGUUUGUCAUAAAUAACAUUCCAAACCUUUUUGUGAAAAAGCUUUUGUUAAAAUAAAGCACUCAAAAUAACAUUCUUCAAAAUAGCACUCUUUCUGUUUGCAUUUUGAACAAAAAGAAAGUAUGAUAAUAGCAUAAAUAAAAUAAAAUAAUACAUUUACAGUUUCACUUAUUUAUAAUUAAAAUUUAAAUUAAUACAAAUUUCUGUUAUUUUGUCAUUGUCAAAAGUUGUCCCUCAAAAUAAUAAUUGGCCAUAUAUCACCAUGGUUAUUUUAUUUCACUUUAUUUUACUUGUAGCAAUGCCAUUUUGGAGUGACCUGUUUGUGAUUUUUUUAUAUAGAGUAUGUUUUUUCUACCAUAAAACUGUACUCUUUAUUGUGGUUUAUUGGACUUUUUUGCUUCUACACUGUUGUGAAAGCAAACCUGUUAUUCUGCUUUAAGAGUAAAUGUGUUUUUUGUAAUCUUAACACAAUAAAUAACCUAACUUCACACAUGUGCAAAACUAGGAUAUGAUUAAGAUUAAUGUAGUUUAUGUUUAUUUAUUAUUAUAUUUUGUUGACAGAUGGCACAUAUUGUCGAUUUUAAAAUCUCCAAUUACUGUUUUUCCAGUAGUAAACAAAGUGAAGCAAAUCUUGGUAAGUAUUGGAAGGAAGUACUGUAUUUUUCAGUAAAACGAGUAUAUUUUUAUUGUAGAGAAAAUACAUUUGUUAACAAUACAAAAUAAGGAUGUCAUUGGAUUUUGUUAUUGUGCUUCAAAUUUACGUUACAAGCAAUAAUUGUAUGAAAAUAUUUAUUUAUAAACUGAUAUAAAAUAAAGAUAAUAAGGAUAUUAAGUACAGUUUGUUGUAAAGUAGCAUUAUACUUUUAGUUUCAAAUAAACUUAUUCUGAACAGUUUGUGAUUAGUGAUUUUCUACUACCGGUUUUCAACAUUCAGGAGUUCUUGCUUAUGAAAUUGAAUUGAUUCAAUUUGUUCUAUUUGCAUAUGUUAAUAAGAUCAGUGUAAAUAAGUUUUUGUGAAAUUAUUAUUGUUGGUUCUGUUUCACAAAUGUUUUUUUUUUUUUUUUUUUUUACAUAGAAAUUAUUUUUUGUAAUUCUGACUAUCCUUCUGAAAUUUUGAAAUUCUCUUUGGAGGUUAUAAAACAGAAUUAAUUAUACACUUCUUUAUUGAAGAAUACUGGUUUGUAGUAGUUUUGUCCAAUUUGUGCCCUCUGUCUGCCUUGGCAGUUAUUUAGUUGUGUAAGCAAAGUGACGCGAUGUGGGCGUGAUGCUGUGCGAGCGAGGGACCAAGUCGUGCGCCAAUGACUGUGAGUCAGACAUAUCGCAAGACGGGAGGGGUGCCAUGAACAGCUGUGUUGUGAUUUAGCCAUAAGCAAUCUACGAGAUGCAUCAUUGUAAAUAUGAAUAUUGUUUUUAUCUUAGUUUGUAGUGACGUUAAUGAAAUAAACAUAACUAAUGUGUUAUAUUUA